ACAAAUAAAUUAUACCCAGCACGUGAACAAUUUAUGUUUGGGGCCCGAUUGUAAAUCUGUAAGCAGGUCAUCAGCUUUUGAUGGCUGUUGGUCUAAUCUUGCCUUCCAAGGUACUUAUGCUGGCGAUCGUUUACUGCUUUUCGCAAGGGCUGUCGUUAUUUUCACGAAUUCGCUCCAAAUAUUCCACACCAACGCAUUGGGCUGGUGGGUCUGGUUGCAUUCUUAUUGACCGGGGUAAGGUUAAGGAGACAAAGAAUACACUAAUGGGAUUUUUGACAUCUCGGUAAUAAAAAUACAGUUUUAACCUGUUUUUGAGAGAUUGAGAUUGAUUUAAAAUGUCUUAAAGAUUUAAUUCUCAGUACCAAAUGAAAAAAAACGUUAAGCAGGGUUUCAGAAUGCAAAGCAAAAAUGUAAUCGUAGGUGGGCAGAAUUGACUGCGGCUAAUGCAGAUUCGAUAUAACCGACUCCACGCUUUUGUAAUGCUUUAGUAGUAAAGGCAGCAUUCGUGUUGUGUGCAUUUGGAAAGCAAAUCAAAUUGGCCAGAGGCACCCUUAACCCGGAUGACUUUCUUCUGCCCAUGCUUUAAAACCCAUCAAGUUAGGUAGUUCACGAACUUGAACUGGUUGGACCACUGUAUGUACAGGAGAGGGUAACGGAGCCAUGUAACGCUAUUUAUUCAAGACCUUGCCUAUAGGAGGAAGUAAGAGCCACUGCAUAUUGAAGGAUGUUCUGCCAAGUACCAGUUAUACACAUCUCUUCCGCAUUGCAACGGCCUCGGCGAAACUCAAUCCUCCCAAGCUUAGGCAAUAAGAGGCCUGCUAGUUCCCCUUUGACAAAACGGCCUUGGGGUAAUAAGCUUUUGCUUGCUGAAAUUAUAAAAGUAGCACCGCUGCGGCUGCAAGGUGUUGUGAAGUACUGCUACAGUUUCAAAUCCGGUUUAUUCAACUUACAAUGCUAUUCGCUGUUUCUUAACUUUAAGCUACAAGUGUGACAAUAUUAUUAAAUAAGCCACAAAACCGGCUUCGUACAAAUCAAUUUUUAAUAGCUAUCGAAUAUCUCAUGACUUUUUGCAAGUAUUUCCCUUAAAUCAAUUAGCAAUAGAAAAAUAAUCAAUCAUUAAAUGAGUAUCAACACCAAAACAUAUCACGUUCUUAGUGUCUGUUGUUAGAAGCUUUAAAAGCCUGCCCAAAGUAUGUUUCUUAAAAUGUAUGUAAUAGUUUAGUUAGGUAAGUCUCUGCUGCUGAAAAAAUAUCUACGACUUGCUUCCAACUAAGGCGUGGCCAGUGGUUCCGGUAAUAGUGGCUUGACGGCUGUUCUAUUCGCCACCAUUUACGCUGCGCUUGAUCUGUACAAUAAGAUUGCUUAAAGCGAAACACCCCUUCUCUUCAGUUCCCACCCCAAACGUUGGUGAACGGGAAGGUCAAGCUACUUGUACCUUUUCUUUGCAGUGAGAAAGACUUCUAGUGUUGUUUUUAAAGACGAAAGACCAAGAAAAUAAAAUUAGAAGGGCUUAGUAGUUAUAAAUAACAUUAAAGUUAAGUUCAACUAUUGAACAAUCCGAAAUUCUGGAUAUUGUUUUACCAAUUCUGAACUAAAAGCAUUAAUUGAUAUUUGUUCAAUGUCUGAUAUGAUAUUAAAGUAAAGACAAAAUAUAUUUGGCGUUAAGCUUAACCAGUCAAUGAUAUAAGUCCAUUCAACUAUUUUGAUUCGUAGGUGUGAAUGCGUACUAGUCCAUUUUCGUUAAAAUUAAAACAUAAUUAAUUUUAUUAUCAUUAGAAAGGCAAACUGUAUGCGCUGUCCAAAAGUGGACUCAUUAAAGUCAAAAUACUUUCAAAAUGCUUAGCUCAAGACACAAAUAAGAUUGUGCGCAAAGGAAUUUCAUGACAAUCGAACGGAUUUUACUUAUCAUUGAGUUAGAGGCUGGAAUAAAUUUGACCACAAGUAGCCAAUGUGCAAUUGUAUUAACAAGGGCAAGUCGAUUGAUGUAGUCUGGCAUGUCCCAAACACCUAAGACAAAGAUUGCCACGCACCAAAAGUCACCAAGAGAGCUGCGUAUGAACAUAAUAUUAUUGAUGAUGAGGUAUCCACAGUGUUAACAAUUUUCCACUCACUUUACAAUUAUUAACAUUUUUGAUUUGUCACUCACUUUAUUGGUUAAAUUUAAAGCUCCAACAUUUCGUAAAACUAUAUGAUUUAAUUAAGUGUUUAAAGCCAAUGACUUUUUCAAUUAACGGAACCAUUGUAUCUUCCAUUUAUUAGUCAAGAGUUAAACACAAUGCUCCAAUACCAAGUAUACCGAAAAAUGAAGGCUCUGACCGAUUCGAAUUGCAUGUGUAAGCACAGAUACGGGUUUACUUGUAGGGUACCCACUUUAUCGAAAACAUUAUAGGCAAGUUUUGAGGGCCAACAAUUUGACAAUCAUUUUCAGUUGAGCUUUUUUCUGACUGAAUGAACUUGCAAUAUCUUUAUGCGUGCUAACUAUUGACCAUAUUUUGACAGGUUUUAUAUACAUAUAACCGAACAAAUAUUUUUUUCAGGAAACGGGGUUAUUACGCUUUCAGUGUUCCAGUGUUCUUGGUAUACCGAUAGAAAUUUACAAGGCUAAUGAAAAUAUUAAAAAAUAUCCAACAAUUUUUCAAUAAUGUGGGCGUGGUUUGAGGUUAGAGUGGGUGGGCAACAUGACUCAACAAACUUGCGCUGCGUCUAUGUCUCUAGAAUAUGUAGUCUAGCUUUAAUAGUUCCUGAGAUCUCGACGUUCAUACGGACGGACAGAAUAUAUAAAGAUAAAGAAUAUAUAUACUUUUUAUGGACCGAAACGUUUAGUUCAACAUACACUUCGUUACAUACAUUUUAAUAUAGUAACGUAAAUAAUUAAAUAACUUCCUAAACAAAGCAAAAAAUAUUCAACGCAACAAAACGCUUCGCCCUCCAUUCACAGAAAAAAUAGUGUGAAAUACAAUCCAGCAAAAAAUAAAUUAAUAAAUAAAGAAUUAGAUUAAUUCGCAUGGCUUGCUCAAACCAUCAGCUUGUAUCGCCGUUCACCAGAACCCCUUUACUUCAGUUGUUGUUUUACAGCUUUAGCUUGGCUUUGGUUGGCUGCUUUGGCCUAGUUCUUGGUCGUUGCCAUGUUUUCAACUCGGUUUUACUUUCAAUUCUAUGGGUUGAAAUUGGCCACUUUGGACUUUAGAGUAAAGCUAUAUGUUAGGCAUAGCAAUUGAAUUUAUCAAGGGCAAUUCAGCUGGGUGGUUUUAAUACUAAAAGUGAUUGAGUGGUCUUCCUUCGAUCCCAUGCUUGACAUGGAUUCAAGUCCAAGCCCAUGUUGAAGUACUAAGUAUUCUUUAAUUUAAGCACCGUAAUCCACUAUACAGCGAUCCAGAAACCUGCUGCCAAACGAAAAUGUAACGAAAAAGGUAACAACAUUUCACAAUCGCCUUGGUAAAUAGUUUCCCAGCCUUCGUUGGCUAGAGGGUGGAUAUUGUUGGAGUUUCAGAAAACAAUAAACAAAGCCCGCUCCCCACUUGUAGAUGGCUUGAAACUAAUGGGGAGCUUUGGAUGAAAUUCUCAGUAAUAUGAUGAAAUUGACUAAGAAUAUGGGUUGGACUACAUUUUUCUGAUAACUUGUAUAAGAAAAACGUAGUAACUCUGCAAUGGCACAAGCGUUAACUUUACUCUUACUUUCAAAAGCUUAAGAGAUACAAACGACCCCGCGCGGGUGCAGCAAUAACUUGAACAGUCUGUUAAUGUAAAGUAACAGUCGGGGCCAAGCGUGGCUCAGACCAAGCUUGGCCCAAAAGCCUGACUUCGAAACUUGGUUGGCUGGCUGAGCUUGCCGAGAGUCUCAAGACACUCACUCCGCACAGUCGCGCUGUAUAGUUGUUUCGAUUAGGACGUGUGGUUCGCUUAAGCGCACGUUACAGUUACGACGACGCGCCAUACCUGCAAUAUGAAGUAUUCAACAAGUCGACUAAACAUUCUGUGCCUGCUGGGAUUGUGCCUACUGCUUUUUAAAACAGAACCCAUAGAGGCACAAAACAAAAGAACCUCACGCGUAACCAGCUCCCGCAGCUUCGGGACCAACGUCAAGACCGACAACUCCAAUGGCCCCAGCUUCGACUGCCCUGAGGAGUUCGGAUACUAUCCGCACCCAUCAGAUUGCACCCAAUACUACGUGUGCGUCUUUGGAGGAGCGCUGCUUGAAAGUUGCACUGGCGGGUUGAUGUACUCGCACGACCUACAGACCUGCGACUGGCCGCGAAACGUCGGCUGCGAGUUGGCGGACACAUCCUCCGAGCGCAACAUUGCACAAAGUCAGGUCCAGAGGCAAAGAGAACCCCAUGCACAGCACGUACCAAGCCGAAUACGCUUUGGAGCCGCUUUCAGCAGUCAGGGUGGCACACAGAAGACGGCCACGGUGCCGCCACAGUACCAUCGUUCUCCACCCCAGGUAAUACAGGCACAGGUGCAGAAUAUACCGCCUCCCCCACCGGAACUGCGAGUGUCACCAAACCCGGUAAUCACGUCGCGUGGUCAACCAAAGCCGCUGAUCGACUCCCAGGAGGACAUUGCAAAGCUGUAUGCCGAUGCGCAGGAAUCGUUGCCGCCUGUGGAAGAAGAGGAGUCCGACCGUCAGCAGAGAGUGUAUCGAGGCCAACCCAGUACCGUUAGUCAAGUUCAACGCGAUCGCGAUGGUAUUAUUCACCAAGCUAGUAUCAAUUCUAUUCCUCAAACUGGAAAAAUCGGAUCUUACGCUUUUGGGACCGCCUAUAGCAAAAGCCUGCAGGACGACCAGACGCUCGAACUGUCCUACAACCGACUUGAUGAAAGUAGGCGACGCAAACGCCGCGACCUUAGUGCCCAGCCGACAAAAGUUACAGAAGAAAAGUAUCACAACGACACAAAUUGUUCAAGGGAAGUGUUGGAGCAUGCUAGCCCUACAGAGCUUUCUGAUUCUACUGAUACUUCAAAAACUUCACAAGAACGCUUAAACGAUGGUGCGCCGGCAAAUGGUAGGAUGCGUAAAUACUCUUCAAAAAUACGUCAGCUAAAAAGCGAGAACGCAAUGGAAUUCGACUUCAAAGAAAUUCCUGGCGAAGACAGCCAGUUAAUGGAUGGAUAUGAAGACGAGGAUGAUGUGGCCACGGGUGAGUCGAAGAGACGACCACGCCAGCUGCGACCUAUUUCACAUACAUCACUGAAGUGGCCGGUACAAAACUACCGCGCCAUUGACUCACCCCCCCUCCCACAGGUUUCUCAGCAAACGGGAUACAGCUUUGGAAGUUAUAAUCCAUACCUCACACCUCCCAAUACCAAUCCUGUCCACAAUCAACAGCCGUACGGCAACCCUAACUACAAUCAUCUACCCGGAUACCACUCAUACGUGCAUCAGCAACAUCAAUUGGCUUCUGCUGGGCCACUCUCUCAGAAAAAGCACAAAUUGCCUUAUACCGGAUACAAUCUUUCGUUGCCCCCACCGCCGCUGGAGGAUGACUUUCGUCCCAUAGCUGGUAGCUACUACGAAGCUGCCGGUGCAGCUCAAACUAGUCCUCGUUCGCCCAACAGCAAACAGCACCAUUCUAACGCUGGCGACCUGCUCCCUUAUCUGAUACAACAGUUGAAGGAGCUAAAAGAACAGCGCAAGCACCUUCAGAGUGAUAACUUUGCGUACUUCCGUCUGGACAAUCAACCAAUGAGUCCGGUACCCACUCAAGCAGUCACACCCGUACCCACAAUUAGCACCACUUACUACUCCCCAGUAGACGCGUCCAAGCUCUCACAACAGGUUACACCAAAUGGUCAAUACAGCACAAUGGGCGGAUUCUACAACAACCAAAAACCGGGUAAAGCCUCCUUUAAUCCCAACUAUCCCGGGAAGUUGGUAUCCCAGUAUAGUAUCGCCUCUAACGGACAUGACAGCACGACGGAGAGCAACUACUUUCAGUACAACAUUGUUGCUAAUCAGAAAAUGAAGGGUGUCUUUAGCACAGCUCCUCCAAACCAGAUCGGUCAUUCUGCAGUUAAAGUUCGGCCCCCAGUCACGCCGCUUCAGGUGACUCAGAGUAUUAACGUGGUAUCUGCCCCAAAUUUAACCUACAAAAUACCUAAUGGUCUGCAGCAAGCCCCAUUUGCUCUUCUUCCCGAAGGCAUUAGCUACGCCAGCAACAGCACCAUUCCAGAAUCCUACCAAACGUUCACUAAAUCUGUCAGCACAUCAGCAACAGUGCUUUCCGAUGUGCCUACUACAACGCCUAAGUCAAAACUGACAAACUUUCAGUUUAACAUCAACGAGUUCAUGGCCAAUCUUAAGGAAAGCGAUUUGUCCAGUGUCAACCCGGCUGUUAAUCCGUUGAUAAAAUAUUUCAAAGAGCUUAGUACUGACAAUAACGGAAAUAUAAAUUUACCCAAUCCGCUGGUUAAUCGUCGCCCCGUAACUGGGAGUACCAGCACCUUGAACAGCACAACUACGACCACCCAGGUAGACAUCAAGCCGAACACACCAGCGUACAAAAAACGCAUAAAACCCGAUCCGACACUUCCCACGCAGAGCACUCCGACUCCCAUAAGGAUACUGAAAGGCUACGAACAUUUUAUUAAGGGCAUACAGAAUCAACUCAACUCGCGGAACUCUAGCCAAAGCACUGUCUACAACACAUCAACCACUUUAAUACGAAUGCCAACCACCACGACCAUCAAGAGUGUCGAUUAUUAUGACGAGGAUUACGAAGAGGAUGAAGACAUAUUGCCUCCGUCUCAAAUGCCCCCUUAUAUGCCAGUGUCCGAGACCAUGGCCCCUCCCCGCCGACAUUUAGCUACAGCAAGGCCCAAUACUGAAUCGCCAGGAAAAGGUCCAGCCAGUUUCCAGACGGGUUUUCUGGAGGCAACAACAACUCGACGUCCGUUUCCCACCUUCACCCAGGUGAAUCAAGCCGGUGCUGAGGCCGACGUGCCCUCAUUCAUUAGCUUUCCUAGUGACAUCUUCCAAGAACUAAAGCAGCGGCUGCCCAAGCUCCCGGAACCAAACGCCCCACAAUCCAGUACCAAAGUAUUCACAACUCCACGCAGUGUGCGCCCAACCUCCCAUCCAAGGCCUAUCUCCUCCAGUACAGAACAGCAGCCAACUCGCGUGCGUUAUACAACUAUCCGACCAGGCAUAAGAGGACAACAAAAAUGGAAGACGACGUCACCAGUCCAAGAACAAAAGGAAAUAAAUAAUCAUACCGAAAACAGUGCCGUUGUCUUAAACUCAAGCAAGCAGAGCAACCCGGGCGGCCUUCCACUAAACUCAAUACAUGCCGGCUCAAGCCCAGAAAGACACAGAGUUGAGUCGCCUUCACCGUCAUCGCUAGGGACACCGCAACCCGCUAAUAUAUUUGUACAGCCCACGCCAGCAGCCCCGCCGCAACAGUCAGAGCCCAAUCGUAACUACUACAAUGCAUCUACAUUUAAUCAUGGGGGCAGCUACCAACCACAGCAGCAACACCAACAACAACAGUUACAACCAACACCAUUCCAACAAGCGCCACCACAAGAACAACAUCAGCAGCAGGCACAAGCCCCAACACAUUCAUAUGACACAUCCUAUUAUUCGGUUUACGACGACGAUAUCGAUUUAUAUAGGGAUCUAGAGUACCAUCAGCAACAGUCACAGGAGCAGCAGAAACCACCUACGCCGCAGUAUCAGUCGGCAGUUCGCCAGCAGCAGGCCCACCCAACCUACCGUCCCUUAGAGCUCCCCGCCACUCCGAAGCCCCCCCCUUACGAAAACCAGCCAGCGUACAAUACAGACUACGAUGAGGAUAUUAAUGGUCAGAUUGAACAGGAUAAUACGUACGAUCAGCCAACACGUUCUCCUCAAAGGGCAGAACAUGUGGCCAUACAAAAACUGGAUACCCGAGCCAGCCACUCGAGCACUGUCACUCUAACAACGACAGCAUCCCCACCGGAAGUACUCACAUACUACGAAACGCUGACCACACCCUAUGCUCCGAAGCGCGGGUCUAGCGACUACGCCUAUGGGUCGGCAGAAGACAAUGACCAGAGGGAUCGUUUACUAACCGAAGUCAAGUCUAGGCCCCAUACCGGUAGCGAAGACUUUGACCUAAUUGCCAAUGUUGUGGGUCAUACCGACAAGAACACCGCGACUCCACCAACACGAUCGCAAAAAACGAAAUCGACACCGCCACAUAACGGAAGCCAGAAGCCAGGAAGGAGUUCCAACACCACAACACAUGCUGUUACGUUCACGCAGUCCUCAACAAUAACAACCACAUCCACAUUUCCUCCAACGACAACAAAAAAACUUACAAGCUCGAAAGCGCAUGCAAAUAAGCCAUAUAAACAACAUAUUCCCGACAAGUCAAAAACAACCACAAAAGCUUCCAGUACCUCUCACACGACCGCGACCAGCUCCACACCUUUUCCUAAUCACCUUACUUAUAAUUCAAAUCCUUUUCUCCAAUCAAAACUACAACAAGUUGCUAAGUCGUUGGCAAGAGUAGUGCAAAGCAGUCAGCCUAGGAUAAAUUUCACCGGUUACCCACAAGCUCAAAACCUUUCAAACUCGCCCCAACAGUCCACAAGUUCGGAAUCAGUUCCAGACCAAGAUUCAGCUCGAAUUACUUCCCUAACUCCCCCGCCCACCACCACGCAAAGGCCCCUGGUAAAGGACAACUCCGGUAAUAGCAGCCCGGACAACGUUGAAAGUGCCUUUGAAAAGAGUCAUACAAUUAAUCAGACGGUUGAUCCGCCGAAGAGUCGCUCCUUUGAAACCACUACAUCGUCAAAGUUCCUAGAUUUUAUUAAUGCCGCAGCGUAUGGUACAAGCCCGAGUGGCAUUCGGCUGAAUGAAGUGCCAGAUAAUCUUGUUAACAGGGAUAUUCCUUUUCGAGAAAAUGACAACUCGUUCGAUUCGAGCUCACGGAACACAGAACCACAGCCCAAACGUUUUCAGAAAUACGUAGAUUCUGAUGUACCUCCACAAAGUUUCAAAGUUCCCACAAAGGGUGAAAUGAGAGCACCAACGGAAGAAAUGGAAAGCACAAGCACAACACGACCAAGUAAGCCCCUACAAUAUAGUCUUCAAAGUGGAUCAAAAGGUUUUAGUUUGCAUAUGGAGCCAAUGAUCACAAAGACGAAGAGUUUUUCCACCAGCACAACCACAACAAGCCCAACAACACUGGCUGACUUGUUUCAGAAGUUCGUCGACAUCAAACCUACAACAUACGCUCCACCACUUCUCAUUUGGCGUAGUGGAAGGCCCAUCAUUCAACAAGCACUUCAUAGACCAACAGUCGCAACUUUCAGCACAUCUACUAGUGUUACCACAACUACAUCUCCUCCUACAACUUCUAAAAAUGUAGCUGAGUCUAGCAGCACUACCAGAGACAUUACAACAUCAAAAUCUGCGGCGCAGCCUAGCCUAGAACAGGAUUUUCUACCAAGAGCGGGUUAUUUGCCGCGUUCCAAUUAUUUUAGGGAAAGUCCAAAUCGUGUAACAGCCAACCCUGCUAUGCAUUUUGUCUCACCGUACAAGAGCCUAGAGAACUUGCUUCAUGAAGAUCGCCAGCACCACCAUCAUCAACUACGGACCACAACCAGACCCCGGUACACAAACGCUCCUGCCUUUUCGGAGUUCCUCCAGACUACGGCAAAGUCACGAAAGAAUCUUUUUAUGAUGGCGUCUGUUAGAAACUCUAGUAAAGAUGUUUUGGCCACGAUGGAGACAGGAAACGCACGCAACUUUAGUGUCAGCGACGCUAUACUAAGCACAUUCAGUCCUCAGCGUCCUGCUCCAAGUAUGCUGCGAACCACUACCACGACUACAACAACUACUACCAUGAAACCACCUCCUAUAGAAAUUACGUCGACUGAAGAUUCAACAACCGUUUCUGCCAUAAUCGCUUCCUCUGCCAUCCACAUAUCACAGUCCCCAAAGCCUGCCCGUGGGCGCUCUCGAUACACGGCGGCCACUUUAAACAGUCUCGGGGACAGCGGGGACGAGCCCACGACUUAUGCACCCAAGCUUAGAUUGCUCGGAGGAUAUGAUCCCAUUCCGCUGCCUAAAACCAAGCCUCAACGAGUACAAGUGAUCGGCAAUCAGAGGUCUUUGUUAGGUGGGCCAACAUCUAAGCCACAUGAAAAGUACAGGGCAUUAGAGGACACAUUUCAAGCCAAAGAUCUCUCCAUUGGCUCCAAAAAUGUAAUAAGCAAGUCGCUUAAACAUAAACCAAUCGAAAAUGAAGCCAGCGUUUCGGACGAGCCAAGAGCCGAGGCUUUAAUAAGCAAACCUUUGGAGGACAGGCAACUAAAUGGCAUUAACGAAAAAGAAACUGCAAUAGAUUACAGCUCCACCGAACACGUGGUGGCAAUAACAGAACGUCCAACUGUCAAGUUCCUUUACUCUAACAAAUACCGACAGCAAACGGCGGAGCACACACUAGCAGAUAGUCUUCAAAACUCCGGCUACAUAACAUCGCCUAACGGAUCGUCACAGAAGUUCAGAUCCCCCAACGUCCUUGAGCAACUGAGGCAAUUUCUUUCCGGCAGUGACAGCAACAGCAAUAGCGAUGAGAGUGGGAAUUCCCAAUUCGUUAAUGAGUAUUCACUCCCCGAAUUAAGGUCCGCUAUCGGUGAAAUCAAGAAACUGUACUUACCCACCGACCGGCCAGUAACGACCACUUUAAAAUCUAGCACGACGACGUUGCAUCCUAAUACCACGCCUAUUGCCACACUAUUUCCAAUCCGAACCAAGGGACUAUCCGUUUUACCGUCUUUUAACAUCGUGACCACUAAUUCCACUUUAACAGAAAGAACAACGUCAAGCACUCCUGAUUUUAGUACCCCUAGAACCCUCAAAACCCCUCCAGUUUCUCUAACUACCGUCCCCACUAUUCCCACUGGUACAGCUACACCCUCCUCAUUUGCACCGCACACUGCGCGCGCUUCGAGGGUGAAUAAUGAUAUUAAGUCGUCGAUUGCUGCCGCUGCCCUAGGCCCUAGCACCUCAACCUAUCAGCCAUCAGUGUCAGCGGGUAAAACUCAAAAGUUCCAAAUCGGCUUCGCUACCAACAAUAAAAAUCACCAACUCCAAAAAACCAGCAUCAACCAUAAUGGCCCCGCAGCCUCAGCCUCCGUGAAGUGCUCCGAUAGCACACUAAACGCCAAAUGCAACGAAAUCUCUUCAAGAAACAACAACAGGAACCGGGGCAGUGCCAUGUACAGUAAUCAGGAUCGGGACUUGAUAUCCACUCCCAACCGCGGAACUCAUCCUCCACGAACGCGGCCAACGCUUAAGCCAUCGGGAAUAAUUGUAUCAAAGGCUCAAGAGUUUGUGGAUAUAUACCGUUACCCACCGUCCCGCCCUGACCCAAUUUACCCACAGCCUACGCCAGAUAAAACGGCAGCCAAAUGCCGAAAGGACGUAUGCCUUUUGCCUGACUGCUAUUGCGGAGGAAAGGAUAUUCCUGGCGGAUUAAACGCCUCAGAGACCCCGCAAUUCGUACUUAUGACGUUUGAUGAUGCCGUCAAUACCAUUAAUAUUGAUCUUUACGAGGAACUCUUUAAUAAUAAGUCGCGGAAAAAUCCCAACGGUUGUUCUUGGCGCGGAACUUUUUACCUAUCACAUGAGUGGACGGACUACGUCAUGGUACAGGAUUUGUACUCACAAGGUCAUGAAAUGGCCUCCCACACCGUUUCGCGAGCUACCUGCUGAAAGCAUUCCUCAGAUCGUUCUCUUGACCUUUGACGAUUCCGUUAAUGACCUAAACAAGCAGUUGUACACGGAUCUUUUUGAGAAAGGUCGCGUCAAUCCAAACGGCUGUCCCAUCACAGCCACUUUUUACGUUUCCCA